AAGUUAGCGAAACUAAAGCCCAGGAGAAAAUUGACGAGACGGAAGUUAAACCUAUAACACAGGAAGAAAACGCAGUCGAAGAUAAGAAUGAAAAACCCGAGGAAGUAGUCAAGCCCGAGGAAGUUGUACCUAAGGCCGAUGAAGUUACAACGAAUACUGGAGAGACUACAAACAAAUCGGAAGCAACUGUAGCUGACGUAUCAACUGAGGAACCUAAGACAGAAGUUCAAACUACAGUUGAAACUACUACCGAAAGAGGUGAUUGA